CAAAGACUCUCUCACUUACUUUCUCGCCCCAUCAUCUUCUUCAAUCCUCAUCAACCAGUCACCAACUCUGUUACGACUGUGCUAGAACCAAUUACAAACCCUAACCCGUUUCUUCACUCACUCAGUUUCUGUUCACCCAAUCAUGAGUCGAAUCAGAAGAAUCGAGCUCAUCGAGCCUUAUAGCUACUUCCCUGCUUCUUCCCCUGUCUUCAUCCACGAAACUACCUCCAUUUUUUCUCCCAAAGCCCUAGCUUUCCCUUCGCUUCUUCAAGAUUUGGAAGCUUGUGAGCUCGACUUGUUUAUCCCUAGACCCAGCCCCUUCGAACUCUUCGAAAGCGUCACCGAUCUGAUCCGAGUCGAGCGAACGCCGUCGUUGUACAAGCGAAUUCAGCGAUUGGAAAAACUAGGGGGCGACAUUGCUGUGCAGAGACUGAGUGACCGAGUCAGUGAGUUGGAAGCGCGUUUCGAUCGGCUGGCGAAGAUCAAAGACGCCGUUGGUGAUCGGAAGUACACGUGGACUGCGGAGACGAAAAUCCCUACGAAGAACGUUGACCGGAAGUACAAAUGGACGGCGGAGAUCAAAGACGCGAAGAAGAAGAAGGAAACGGGAGUGAGUGGGAAAACUUACAAAUUGACGGCUGAGAUUGAAGGGAACGGAGCUGACGGUCCGAUCUCGCGUACGUACACUUUCAAAGCAUCGAGCGGUGAUGCAAGUGAGUGUGGCGAAUCAAAGAAGAAGGACAAGAAGAAGAAGAAGAAUGGUGAGAAGGAGGAGCAUGCCACGCGUCUGGUGAGGAUUGAAGAGACUUCUGAUCAUGGGGCUGUCGUUUUGAGACAGGCUUUUGCGAAGAGAGUUGGAAGUAGAAAUGAGAAGGGUAAGAAGAAAGAACUAUCCCCUCAAGAUGCAGCAAUGAUGAUCCAGAUGACUUUCAGAGCUUAUCUAAUUAGGAGAUCACAGGCUCUUCGUGCACUCAGAGACCUAGCAGUUGCCAAGACCAAGUUGAAGGAGAUUCGAGGAUUGUUCAACAAUUACUCUUACCGCAGUCUUGUGGCUCGUGAUGCAGCCGAGCGUCAAAGGUUCUCAGAGAAAAUCAUUGUCCUUCUCCUUACUGUUGAUUCUAUUGAGGGAGCUGAUCUGAUGGUGCGAGCUGCAAAAAGGUCAAUGGUGGACGAGCUGGAAGCGAUGCUUGAUGUGGUGGAUCCACAGCCUGGGAAAUCGCUUUCCAUGAGAAGGAGAACCUUCGAUAUGCCUGACAGUGUCAUUCAGAAGGAAAUUGCUGCAGGUGUGGCAGAGGUUGUCCAAAUGCUUAACCAUGGAGAGAAUAGUUCCAGUACCUUUGAAGCUUGUUUGUGAAGAAAGCUUGGUAAAUUGGGUAUUUGUGGAAAUCAAACCUCUAUUUGGAGCGUGUUAUUUUUUUUUUUUGUAGUUUGUUGUUGAGAUAUAUAACCUAGUUGAGGAGAUUUUGGGGGACAUGUUUUCUCCCAUGAGUAGAUUCCUAGAGCUGCUUUUGUCUCCUUCUGUCGAUUAUCUCUGGUUGAAGUCCGUUGUUCCUCUUUGCUUUCAGACUCCGUUUAUAAUAAAGACCUCUCACUUUUGUAUUA